UAUGGCAGGCGGAAUCAGGCGCUGGUAGUGUGUUGUUGUUUUUACGCCCGUUUUGGAUCCUCGGGAUCAGGAGCGAUCUCAGUAAUGUUUAAAGACUUUCAGAGGAUUGUGAAAAACUUUGUAGCAAGCAGCAUUUUAAACUGUGUUAGUGAAGAAAAUAUGUAAAUAUAAGCUUAGCAAGUCCAGAGAUUCCUGUUGGAUAAACAGGAUGUAGUGUUAUUAAAUAAUAAACACACCGGCGUUUAGCACUGAGGAACUCUUCAUCACCCGUGUUGCUUGUCGUAACAGCGUUUCUCUUCACGCUUACAACACGAUGAAAACAUUUCUCAUCUUUUUGCUGCAAGUUUUUCCGCUACAAACUCUGUGCUUGUUCCUGAACAGGACAUCAGACCAAAGACCCAAUAUAGUGAUGGUCAUGUCCGACGCGUUUCACUGACUUUGUGUAAUCUCCAGGAUGGAAGACUGACCUUUCACCCUGGGAACAAAGUUGUCCAGCUUCCAUAUAUUAACUACAUGAGGCAGAUGGGUGCCAUCUUCCUUAACUCCUACACAAAUUCGCCCAUUUGUUGUCCAUCAAGGGCAGCUAUGUGGAGUGGGAAAUUUGUCCAUUUAACUCAGGCCUGGAACAAUUACAAAUGCCUUGCUCCCAAUGGCACUACAUGGAUGGAUCAUCUGCGGAAAGCUGGGUAUCACACCCACCGUAUGGGGAAGCUAGACUACACAUCGGGGGGUCAUUCAGUCAGCAAUCGUGUGGAGGCGUGGACCAGAGAAGUGGCAUUUCUUCUGAGCCAGGAAGGUCGUCCAGUGGCAGAAUUAGUAGGGAACAGAUCCACAGUUAAAAUCAUGACCAAAGACUGGAACACCACUGACAGUGCUGUGCAGUGGAUCAGACAGAAAGCCAAAGCUCUGUCACAGCCCUUUGCUUUGUAUCUGGGGCUGAAUCUACCUCAUCCAUACCUCACAGAGGAGCUGGGUCCCACGGCUGGAGGCUCCACAUUCCGCACCUCACCCUACUGGCUCAAAAAGGUUUCCACAGAGCAAGUUUCCCUUCCGAAGUGGUUGCCAUUUUCUAAAAUGCACCCUGUUGAUUAUUAUUCCACCAUCACCAAAAACUGCAGUGGUAACUUUUCUGAACAGGAGAUCAGAGACAUCCGAGCCAGUUAUUACGCCAUGUGUGCCGAAACAGACAGUAUGCUUGGUGAAGUGAUUGCUGUUCUAAGAGACACAGGAUUAUUAAACAACACAGUCCUGCUUUUCACCUCAGAUCAUGGAGAUCUGGCUAUGGAGCACAGGCAGUUCUAUAAGAUGUCCAUGUUUGAAGGCAGCUCCCAUGUUCCCUUACUUAUGAUGGGUCCAGGGAUUAAGUCUGGGACUGAGAUCAGUUUACCCGUCUCUCUUGUAGACCUGUAUCCUUCCAUGUUUGACUUUGCAGGUAUCUCAAUACCACAUGGUUUAAGUGGUCACUCUCUGGUCCCGCUGAUCUCACAGGGUAAUAAGCAGUCCACUGAACCUCACCCUGGCUGGAUUCUCAGUGAAUACCAUGGCUGCAAUGCUAACGCCUCCACUUACAUGCUGAGGAUGGAUAAGUGGAAGUAUAUCACGUAUUCAGAUGGCUUGAGUGUCCCACCACAACUGUUUGAUCUGUCUGUGGAUGAAGCUGAGCUAAAGAACAUGGCGUCCCGUUACCCUGUCGUGUGUCAGCAUCUGGACAAGCUGCUGCGCUCAGUGGUGGAUUACCCCAACGUCACUGAGGCCGUCCGCCAAUACAACAGGCAGCAGUUUCUGCAGUGGAAGCAGAGUCUUGGGAACAAUUACACACAGGUCAUUGCCAACCUGCGCUGGCAUGUGGACUGGCAAAAGAAUGUACAGAGUAAUGAGAAAGCAAUUGAGGACUGGCUUGACAGGUUACACUUCUCCCAGAAUCAAAUACAUUAAUCAAGACUGAAGACUUGCUAUAAAAUGCACUUCUUCAUUUGUAAUUGUGUCUUGCUCGCAUACACUAGUGCUCAUUCUGGUGCUUAUUGUAGUGUUACUUAACAGAAGGAGAUAUUUUAUAUUAUAAAUAAAUCUUUUGUAACUUUAUUGUAAAUAAAAUAAAUUCUUUGAGAUGCUAUACAA